AUGAACUGUGGAUCAGCGAUUAGAGGUUUAAUGAGAGUCUCAUCAAAGGCAUCUCGAUCAACUUCAUCAUUUACCAAUGGAUUUGGAUCAAUGGGCUCAUCUUCGACAUCAUAUAGUUUACCAUCAUCGACAUUAAAGUCUUCUUCAUUUUCAAGUGUAUCAUCUUCUUCUUCUUCAUCUCCACUAUCUUUAAUCAAUAGAACUAAUAGAGCUAAUUUUAACCCAUUGGAAUUAAUAUCAAUGUGUUCGGGUGUAGAUGACGAUGGCGUAUAA